AUGCAACCGAUAUCAGGCGCGAGAAAGAUUAUGGAACAGGAGAUCUGCAGAUUCCUUGGAAGGCAUCGGUUCCUCAGCCUCCAGGGCCUCCUCGCCCUGGACGCCUCGGCCCUAGCCGGUGCAUUUCUUGACCUCUCGACAUCGACUCAUGUGAUACUCCAAGAGAACACAGCCCAGUCGAGGUUUUGCGUGGUGCGGUCCAGGCUUUCUUGCGGCAAGGGGCCUCUCUGGGCUGAGCGCAAAGCCGUUUACCGGGUUUCUCCUACACACUACCGCGCUUCUGAUACUAGCCCGGGGCCCGAACGCCCACGAUUGGGCCCCCUUUUCUUCCCCGCGGGGUGGGAUCUGCGGAUCGCGCGAGUUACCCAGCCCACACGACGUUCGAUUUCCUGUCUGGAUCAGUGGUUCAGCAUUUCGGCAGCUUUGUGGCUGCAUCUGCUACUUGAAGCUGUACGGCUCUUCGGCUUCUAA